CUACGGCUUGGAAACAGGAUGAGAACCGUGCCCUCGAGUCAGACAUGACUGGACUAAAUGUCAAGGGGAGCCUUUGCCUUUACCCUGACUCAAAGGAAAAACUAAAUGAAUGGAGCAUGGAAAGACCAUGAAUAGGGACAAUAAAUUUUCAGGUGAAAACCUCAGAGGGGUAAAGCAAUAUAAAUGCCUCCAGUGUGGAAAGACCUUCAGCCAAAGCAGUAGUCUGAGUUCACAUCAAAGAACCCAUACAGGGGAGAAACCAUAUAAAUGCAUGGAAUGUGGAAAGAGCUUCCGUCAUAGUGGUCACCUUAGUUUGCACCAAAGAACUCACACAGGAGAGAGACCAUAUACAUGCAUAGAAUGUGGAAAGAGCUUCUGUUCUAGUGGUGACCUUAGGAUGCAUCAAAGAACCCAUACAGGGGAGAAACCAUAUAAAUGCAUGGAAUGUGGAAAGAGCUUUAUUCACAGUGGUAACUUUAGGUCACAUCGAAGAACCCAUACAGGGGAGAAACCAUAUAAAUGCAUGGAAUGUGAAAAGAGCUUCAGUCGCAGCACUAAACUUAGGUUGCAUCAAAGAACUCACACAGGGGAGAAACCAUUUAAAUGCAUGGAAUGUGGAAAGAGUUUCAGUUACAGUGAUAAACUUAGGUUACAUCAAAGAACCCAUACAGGGGAGAAACCGUAUAAAUGCAUAGAAUGUGGAAAGAGCUUCAGUAUCGGUGGUAACCUUAGGUCACAUCAAAAAACCCAUACAGGGGUGAAACCAUAUCAAUGCAUGGAAUGUGGAAAGAGUUUCAGUAAGAGUGAUAAACUUAGUUUGCAUGAAAGAACCCAUACAGGGGAGAAACCAUAUAAAUGCAUAGAAUGUGGAAAGAGCUUCAGUCGGAGACAUAACCUUAAGUCACAUCAAAGAACUCACACUGGGGAGAAACCAUAUAAAUGCAUGGAAUGUGGAAAGAGCUUCAGUGAGAGUGGUAACCUUAGUCACCUUACUACACAUAGCAGAAUUCACACAGGGGAGAAACCAUAUGAAUGCAUAGAAUGUGGAAAGAGUUUCAAUCAGAGUAAUAACCUUAGGUCACAUCAAAGAACCCAUACAGGGGAGAAACCAUAUCAAUGCAUAGAAUGUGGAAAGAGCUUUAUUCAAAAUAGUAAUUUUAGGUCACAUCAAAGAACCCACACAGGGGAGAAACCAUAUGAAUGCAUAGAAUGUGGAAAGAGCUUUAUUCAAAAUAGUAAUUUUAGGUCACAUCAAAGAACCCACACAGGGGAGAAACCAUAUGAAUGCAUAGAAUGUGGAAAGAGCUUUAUUCAAAAUAGUAAUUUUAGGUCACAUCAAAGAACCCACACAGGGGAGAAACCAUAUGAAUGCAUAGAAUGUGGAAAGAGCUUUAUUCAAAAUAGUAAUUUUAGGUCACAUCAAAGAACCCACACAGGGGAGAAACCAUAUGAAUGCAUAGAAUGUGGAAAGAGCUUUAUUCAAAAUAGUAAUUUUAGGUCACAUCAAAGAACCCACACAGGGGAGAAACCAUAUGAAUGCAUAGAAUGUGGAAAGAGCUUUAUUCAAAAUAGUAAUUUUAGGUCACAUCAAAGAACCCACACAGGGGAGAAACCAUAUGAAUGCAUAGAAUGUGGAAAGAGCUUUAUUCAAAAUAGUAAUUUUAGGUCACAUCAAAGAACCCACACAGGGGAGAAACCAUAUGAAUGCAUAGAAUGUGGAAAGAGCUUUAUUCAAAAUAGUAAUUUUAGGUCACAUCAAAGAACCCACACAGGGGAGAAACCAUAUGAAUGCAUAGAAUGUGGAAAGAGCUUUAUUCAAAAUAGUAAUUUUAGGUCACAUCAAAGAACCCACACAGGGGAGAAACCAUAUGAAUGCAUAGAAUGUGGAAAGAGCUUUAUUCAAAAUAGUAAUUUUAGGUCACAUCAAAGAACCCACACAGGGGAGAAACCAUAUGAAUGCAUAGAAUGUGGAAAGAGCUUCAGUCAGAAUGAUAAGCUUAGGGCACAUCAGAGAACCCAUACAGGGGAGAAACCAUAUAAACACAUAGAAUGUGGAAAGAGCUUCAGUCAGAAUGAUCAACUUAGUUUGCAUCAGAGAACCCAUACAGGGGAGAAACCAUAUAAAUGCACAGAAUGUGGAAAGAGCUUCAGUAAGAAUGGUUACCUUAGUUUGCAUCAAAGAACUCACACAGGAGAGAAACCAUGUAAAUGCAUGGAAUGUGAAAAGAGCUUCAGUCAUUGUGGUGACCUUCGGUCAUAUCAAAGAACCCAUACCGGGGAGAAACCAUAUAAAUGCACGGAAUGUGGAAAGAGCUUCAGUCAGAGUAGUACCCGUAGUUCGCAUAAACGAACUCACACAGGGGAGAGACCAUGCAAAUGCAUAGAAUGUGGAAAGAGCUUCAUUCGGAGCGAUAUCUGCAGGUUACGUCAAAGAACACAUACAAGGGAGCAACCAUAGAAAUGCAUGGAAUCGAAAGACCUUUAUUCACAGUGGUGUCCUUAGGUUACAUCAGAGAACUCGCACACAAAAGACAACUGAAUGAUGUGAUUUAUUAUAUAAAUGACUUGAGUUAUCAGAUAUUGCUUGAAUAACAUAGAUGUAAAUUAGGAUGUAAAUUUAAGUUAAAACCUGGAGGGCAAUUAAAUUGUAGAAAAGCAGAAAGUCAAUU